CGGGCAGACGCGAGCCGGCGGGUCGCGGUGGCGGUGGCUCCCAGCCCGGCUGGUGCUGGGCCUCCGACCGAGCCGCGGCCGAGCGGGGCCUCGGCCCGGGCUCUGGGGGAGCCCGCGGCGGCGGGCUGCAGGAGGAAGCGGCGGCGGCGCGUCCCGAGCCGUGCGCGCCAUGUCGGGCGGGCCCCCCAAGGCCCUGCCGUCCACUGGGCCCCACUCCCUGCGCGAUAUGCCGCACCCGCUGGCCGGCUCCAGCAGCGAGGAGGCCGUGGGCGGCGACAGCACGCCCAGCCCGGACCUGCUGACGGCUCGCAGCUUCGGCGACAAGGAUCUCAUUUUGCCCAACGGCAGUACUCCAGCAGGCCCUGCAAGUCCAGCUUCUUCAUCUUCCCUUCUCAACAGACUGCAACUUGAUGAUGACAUCGAUGGUGAGACCAGAGACCUCUUUGUCACGGUUGAUGAUCCCAAGAAGCAUGUCUGUACGAUGGAGACCUACAUCACUUACAGGAUCACCACCAAAAGUACUCGGGUGGAGUUUGACCUGCCAGAAUAUUCUGUUCGUCGAAGAUACCAGGAUUUUGACUGGUUGAGGAACAAACUGGAAGAAUCCCAGCCCACUCACCUCAUUCCCCCACUUCCUGAGAAGUUUGUGGUGAAAGGUGUUGUGGAUCGUUUUUCAGAAGAGUUUGUGGAGACCAGAAGAAAAGCUUUGGAUAAAUUCCUGAAAAGAAUUACGGAUCAUCCUGUGCUUUCUUUCAAUGAACACUUUAAUGUUUUCCUUACUGCUAAGGACCUGAAUGCCCAUAAGAAGCAAGGGAUGGCAUUGCUGACUCGAGUGGGUGAGUCGGUCAAGCAUGUCACUGGCGGCUACAAGCUGAGGAGUCGGCCUCUCGAGUUUGCAGCCAUAGGCGAGUACUUAGACACAUUUGCGCUCAAGCUGGGAACCAUUGAUCGAAUAGCCCAGCGGAUCAUCAAGGAAGAAAUAGAGUACCUUGUAGAGCUGAGAGAAUAUGGGCCUGUGUACUCCACAUGGAGUGCGUUAGAGGGGGAGCUGGCCGAGCCCCUGGAGGGUGUGUCAGCCUGCAUCGGCAACUGCUCUACAGCCUUGGAAGAGCUGACAGAGGACAUGACAGAAGACUUUCUACCUGUGCUCAGGGAAUAUAUUUUAUACUCUGACUCCAUGAAGAGCGUGCUGAAGAAAAGGGACCAAGUGCAAGCCGAGUACGAAGCCAAACUGGAAGCUGUGGCUCUGAGGAAGGAAGAGCGGCCCAAGGUACCAGCAGAUGUGGAGAAAUGUCAGGAUCGGAUGGAGUGUUUCAAUGCUGAUCUGAAAGCCGACAUGGAGAGGUGGCAGAACAGCAAGAGGCAGGACUUCCGGCAGCUGCUCAUGGGAAUGGCCGACAAGAACAUCCAGUAUUACGAGAAGUGCCUCAUGGCUUGGGAGUCGAUUAUCCCACUACUGCAGGAGAAGCAAGAGGCCAAUCAGGAAGAAGAGUCUGUAUCCAGGUGGGCCUCGAAGAUGCCAAGUGUGACAGCGAACUCUUUGCUACUAGUUAAGCUGAAACCUCCUCAGUUUACAGCCACGUUCCUGGGGACGGCUGCAGCUAAAGUCUUCGUUUCAAACUAUUAGCAGGUUUCCUUUUCAAGCGUGUCAACACAAAACAGACAGACAAAGAGGAUCUCUCUUCCAGCUCGUGUUUUUCCCCUCAUGAAGUAAAACUACCUAUGUCGUGUUUGUGUUCUCUCGUCUGUGGCUCAUCUCUAUAAAAUUACAAAUCUGAGCCUCAAAUAAGCGGUAGUAUUAUUUUUUUAAUGAAACAGCUGUGCUGAGGCACUGCUGCGUUUGCAAGUGAACCUGCAAAUACUGGUCAACGUGCAGACUGCUGAGGUCACUGCAUUCCGCUUCUAGCUGCAGAUCGGGGCAGCCACGGCUGUGAUGCUGGUGGGGCAGCCGUUGGACAGCCCAGGACAGUUUGGUUCUGCUUCAUCAUGUUUGAAAAAGUCGCAGUUUAAGUGAUAAUUUGUGUAUCAGUUGGUACUUGUGCACACUGUUAGACCCCAUUUGUGCCAUUCUAAAAUCCUUUGAUGUGAAUUUUCUGUUUGGUACAAUUAGAGGUGAUUCAUUGAAGCAGAAGGGUAAGAACAGUCCAUAGACCCCGAGUGGUGAGUCAGUGUUUCAUUCUACCUCUAAACCAUCCUGUUGGUGUGGGUGUCGAUGUCCAGGUCCAGCCUGACAGCUUGCUGGUAGAAUCGGGGCAUGUAUGUGAUAGUGGGUUGAUGGCCUUCUAUGGAUAUUUGGCAGAAAACACUAGACUGACCCGGAGGCGAAUGCUCAUCUUUGGGAACAUAUGAAGUCUUGCCUGGUGGAACAUACGCUUUAAAAAUGUUGUCCAGUGUGACAAAUGCUUGGAAAGAACUGUGGAAGGAGUUACAGAAAGGCUAGACUCUAGUCUGCUGCUAGUUGCCAAAGCCCAGGCACAUUCCUGUGGAAGGGUUAGACGGGCGAGAAGGCAGCCCUACCAAAAAAAAAACCACAUCAGAUUCCUUGCUAGGCCAUAUGGGGAAGGGGGUGGGGUACACAGUCAUCCCCUUACAUUAUUGGAGGCAGAAGACUGGUUCUGAAGGGAUGCAGGCAUCUUGGGCUUUUAUCUUUCUCUGUUUGGUCGCCCUGUGAUGUGCCUGUGCUUUCAGACUCCAGAGAGAGCUGGAACAAGGCAAACCGACCUCCAGCAUGCCAUUGAUAGCAGAGCUUGGAGGACCAGGGUAUCUUGCAGCCUUCCUUGGAGAAAUGGUCUUUCCAGAAAAGGGACCUUUGUCCCUUGCUUCUGGCUGGCAUCUGAUGAGGUGAGGAGGCUGGCCCAGAGGGCAAGGGACAGUAGGCAGUGGAGGAGGCCUUCCCACCCCCGCGGCUCCCUCGGGCCCCCGAGGGUCAGCAGCCCCAAGCAUUCACCUCUCCAUCUCCAUCAGCACGAAGGUGAUUCCCUGUGAGAAGUGUAACCCAGAGACUUCUGUGCCAAAGACUGCCUCGUAGAGGCUUCAUCACCCCAUCCUUCUUGGCUCCACAAAAGUCGGGGUGCUGAGAUCACUGACUCCUCUCUUGUAUUUAUUUUCCAAGAGGUUUUUGCUUGAGGAUGUGUCUUGCCUCAGGCAGACACACGUGGACAGGUUGAGACUUGAGCACGUGGCAGUGGAGUGGAAGGUCAUCCCUGUCAACUGUCCUUGGGCCGGGGAAGUGAAAGGUUCAGUUCACCUGGGUUAGAAAUCCAGGCUAGGGCAGAAGAGAGAGUUCCUAGAAACUGAGCAGAUCUUAAAGACUCAGAUGAGGUUGAAGAGAGCAGUUGCGAUUUGCAGCAGAUAUGGACACUGCUCGUCCUUACCACAUGCUGGAUCUCCAAGAAGCCUCUAGGCCGCUCUGCGCAAAGCAAGGAACCACUGCUCCUCCUCGAGCCAGGUUUGGGGUUGGAUUUUAUCGUUUUUUAAGACUUAACAAUGAUUCCUGGUGACCUCGGAAAAGUGUGAUUAUGGACAUGACGGGCUCGUAUUUCACCGUGCUGCUCGUUGAACCCACCACACACCUUUCUUUAGCUGAAAUAAGAAAAACCAGCACGACUCUGGGGAUGGUGGUGAACGUAACCUAAGUGUGUCUUCAUGCCAAAUUUCAGCCACACCCAGAGUGUGUCCUUCAUGUUAUUGACUUGAAUGUGUUUUCUCAGUGGCUGUCCACACGAGGGAAUUAAAUGCACACCUGCUGCUCGUUUCUUGGGAGGCUGCCAUUUGUGUUGGGACGAUGGGCUGUUCUGUUUAGAGAAGGGCACGAUGCCGUGUGGCAGUGUGCACAUGGACUUUCUCUUGGGACGGUAUCAGCCCAAGAGGCACCCAGACGUUGUGUGACUUGGCCCUGCUGUUGAUAGCAUUGAAAUCACGGGCACCUGGCUCUGUUUUGAUGCCAUUCGUGGGGCCACAGAAGAGUCAUUCUCUGCCCUGUGUCCUGAGCUGGUGAGAGUGGAGGGAGAGCCAGGGCCAGAGCAGCCUGUCUUCUGAGCAGAAACGGCCCUUUAGAGCAGCCAGAAUAGAGCCCAGUUUUAACCCAUCCCAAGACCCAACACAGGUCUGCCUGUUGUCAGGGUACGGCACACCAGUCCUGGUCCCCACCUUCCCAGACACCUACUUUCAAGGUCUGUGGAAACUGGGUAGUCUCAUCCUCAGGCUGGGGUAACACUGCUUUGGCCAUCCCUGUCUGCAAAAUUGUUUUGGGAAUUUGGGUGUACCUUCUCACUUUCAAAUAUCCUCAAUGUGCCACCAGAUUGAACACGCCCUCUCACUUACUGUGUUUUCUCUAUUCAGAGGACAUUUCCCUCAAAUUUACCUGCCAUCCCCCGGGCCAGACCUACAGAUUGAGCUGGGUGUGUUGGGAGUUGUUCGCCUCUUUGUGGUUUGUUAAUUCAGUGAAUAAACCAGGAACCUGAUUUUUCAUCAACCCACCCAAUAGGUGGUUUUGCUUUCUGUAUGAAGGAUAUCUGGUCUCUCCAUAGUUGCACAGAUCAGAGCAUGUGCAGGGCUGUCUACGUUAGAAAAGGUUUGGGGUGGGGAGCCGUCACAGGGAGUGUGACUGUUUUUUCUUAAUCAGAUGUCUUCGAAAUGCUCUCUGGGUGUGACUGUCUGACCCCUUCUGUGUGGCAAAAGAAAUAUGUUAUCGAGGUAGUUUCUACUACUGUAGAUAGUCUGUAAAUAAGUGCUUCGAAAAAAUAACGUUAACAAACCAGUAAGAUAUUUGUCUCAUUCAUAAACAUUUUGUGUAUUUAGCACUUGAAAGUCAACAAAUCCAGACUUUUAGAAAUGCCACAGACUGUUAAAAGCCUAACUCUACUUUUUGAGAAGUUGUCAGCACCUGCUAAUAUGCCUUAUUCUUCAACUACCGUUUUUUAGAUUCUGGAUAGAAAGAGUUUUUAGAGAUGUAAUCAGUUGUUCAGUUUAAAUACUUGAGGCCUAACAUAGCCAGUCUUUGCUCCUCUUAAAGAAACAAGCAAGAAAGUGAGGUUCAUAAUUAGGGCUGCCUUUUGGGAGGAGAAAGCUAAGUAUUGCUAUUGCCAAAUGAUAUUUUUGAUAAUGUAAGGAAACGCAGGGACCACAAAACCCUUUUUGUUGUUGUCGUCGUUGUUUUAAAGUGUGAAAGAUUAAUUUAGUGCCUUUCGGCACAUUUUUGAUAUUAUGGUAUCAGCAUCGACAAAUCACUUAGAUACAGAGAACUCUAUAGAUUAUGACAAUAUUAAAUGUUUACCCUGAUUCUGUAGAACAGCUUCUUAAAAGAUACCGUGGGGGCCUCAGAGCAGCAUAUUUUACAUAGAAAUUCUUCGCAGGUUGAAAUGCCAAAAACACGAAACGUGCUGUUGACUCACGUAAUUUAGUCCUUUGUCAUAGAGCUUUUACUAUGAAAACCAGUGAUUGGGUACAGCACGUGCGCCUCUCUGGGCGGCGCUGCCCUCUCACCAGGUGAUUCUGGGUGGCCUGUAGGCCAGGCGUGAGCAGGUAACACCUGCCGACUCCCCUGUGUGACAGGCUGGCUCACAGUCUCAGACCAUCCCUCCAGUCACAAAUGGUACUCGUAGGAGGGAAGGGUGAUUGCUUUUUCCCCGGUGGGGAAGUGGGGAGGGGAAAGUACAUUGCAAACAAAAAUGUGACUCAGUGGGAUAAAACAAGGCCCGUGUCAGCUGGGCCCCCAUCGAAUAACAAACCAGCAGUUCUUAGCAGUCAGCACCGUUCUCCUGGGCACCCCAGAGGUUUUGGUCCUGUCCUGUAGCACCCUGUCCGUUGUACUCUUAUACCUGUUCCCUUGAUGUCUGUGUGUCGGGAAUGCGUUCAGACAUGACGUACAUCUGAUAUAUUCCUAUGAAAUAAACUGCCAGCAAACUUUCUAACUUGUAUUUUAACUGUUGGAAAAACAAACAAGCAAAAAAAACCCUUUUGCUUAGGUCAUGUCCAAAUUAUGGACUGUUUAUUAUUUUAGAAAUCAUUCUUUACAUUUAAAAUUUUAAAAGAAAAACCCUGAGGUAUUGAUCAAGUCCUCCGUGUAAAUGUGUUCUCUUCUUUCCAUGCUGCUGUUAAGCCAAAUCAAAAGCUGUGGGGGAAAAAAAAAAUGUGCUUAAGAAUGUGUGUCGUAGAUGAGAAGGCAACUUAUUUACAGAUCAAAGUCUUUGUUUCAUGAAGCUACGAAACUUUAAAAAGAACGUCACCUUUUUUUUUUCCUUUGUUGUGGAACCCAGAGACUAUAAAGAGAAAAAAGUUCUUGUUGCAUUUUUGAUGCUGGCAUGAGGUUUUUGUCCACUUUUUUUCAUAUAUCUGCGUAUAAAAAAUUCUGUCCAUUGUGUACUAUGGGAUUAGUAUUACAUUUCAAGGUAAACAAAAGAAUUUGUAUUGCUUGAUAAACUAUUAGCUUGUAAAUUUAAACCAGGUUUCUUUACCUCAAUUAACUUAAAGUAAUGGACCAAUAAACCUAUAAA